AGCAAAACUCUCCACGCUCCAACCCGCCGCCCGGGCUAAUAGUACUACAUAAUAGGUACCUACUUACACCCUUUGCUGUUGUUGCUACUCCUUCCAACCCUCCAUCUCGCCCUUGCGCUGAUUGCUAUACACACCCUCUUCUCCAAUAUACCCCUCCAGGUGCCUGAGGCUUACCACAGUGCUGACGGUCAGGCUACCGCCUGUUGUUGUCACGCAGCCUCUUUUGCUUACAGUGCAGCUGGAGCCACCUUGGGCCUGAUCAAUUCAUAUACACAGCAUUCUGCUUAAUCUCCCGGGUGGGUUAUUGUCGUACCAGUGGAUCUCGCAAGAAGAACAUCGCCCACGCGCUCUUCACGGCUACAAGCCUCACUCAGCCUGGUGGCCUUUCGCCCCGCCGUGCAGGCAGAUUUUGCACCCUCUCGAUGCCAUCAUGCCCUCUUUACACAGUCUUGGCUUCGGAUCGCGCAACCUGAUCUCUCACACCCCUUACCGAUAAACAUAUCUGUUACAACUUCCGCGAGUUCUGUGACCGGCACGUCUGCGUGGAACGCUGAGGUUCGCCCAAGCAAGAGAUGGAACACCAGCAAACCGAGGAUGGACACCACUUCAUUCGCUCCCUGGCACAGUUCAUCCGCCAACACGAGAAGGCACUUGCAAACAGCUUGCAAAUGUCUGUCCACAGACGGCAGUCCUCCCUGAAUAUCAAAUCCUCUACUGCUUCGAGCGUUACCUCCGGUACCUCCUCCACGAGCACGAAUACCUCCUCGGGCGCGUUGGCUGCCGCGUUUUCCUUUGCUGGGCUGAAUUUCAGGUCUCACGCAGCAAAAGCGGCCUUGUUGACAUUAACACCGCAUCACCUUUUCUAUCUCCUGUCUCAAAUGGAAGAGUUGGACAUACUCGUGGGACCCAUGAAUAUCCGUCUGGAAAACCUGAAUACUGAUCCCUCACCGUCGAACUACGUGUCUUUUCUACAGUCACACAAGCCACCGAAAGGGCGCAGCGACAAAGACUCCAUUCACUCCGUGUCCAGCAUGCGUAGUGUCAUGUCCGGAAUGAGUACAUUUUGGUCGUCACUAGGACUGGGAGGCAGCACGUCCAAAAAUGAGAAAGCGAAGGCACUCAUCCAGGCGGAUUUGACGUACCUGUAUUCCGCGUUCACCAAACUCCCUUCGCUGCGUUUGACCACCGAUCAUCGCGCUAGGCUUAUCAAGGGGUAUGAGGAGUUUCCGUUCGAUACCGCUGUACCUCUCUUUGCAUUCAAGAACCUUCAACAGCUGGAUAUAGUCGAUCUUGACUUCCGCCAGUUUUAUGGCUGGGAUCGGCUGGCUGAGCAGCUGACUCUGUUGACUGUCAAACGGGCCAAUCUUGAUGAUCCCGCAGAGCUCCUGACUAACAUUGUCCUAGACGACGCUGAAAAGCGUCGAAGGCGUUCAACAAAGGGUGGCCGGGGCUCACCAACUCCGACCAAUUCUUGGACAGUCCCCUCUACUCCACGAGUAGGAUAUGCACAGUCACAUUCAGAUCCAGGCUCACCUGCAGAGGACAGCCUUGAACACGAUGAUCAUGCCGAGUUCGUGUCCAAGGACAAGCAAAUGUCGGGAAGUGUCUCCCCGAAACGACCCAGCCCACCACGGCCAGCCAGCUCAUAUAGGCACGUCCGCUCCUAUUCUUCCAAGGUGAAAAGGUCCGGUUCUGGCAGUUCGAACUCGAGCGAGUACUCGGUCCAGCCGCAUCGUAGCGACAGUUCUUCCAGCCUGCUUAGCUUGAACAUCCUUCCUCCAGCGAAAUGGCAGAGACUAAAGUAUUUGUCCUUUGCAGACAAUUCCUUGACCACCAUAUCAGCCAGGAGUCUUGGGCCGGUAGCGGCCACGCUUCGCUCCCUAAACCUCUCGUCAAACCUGUUCACGGAGAUUCCAGACAGUCUCGCUUCGCUGACUAGACUUGUUUCCCUUGAUUUGUCCAACUGUAUGAUCAGAUCUCUUCAAUCACUGGCCAGAUACCCUCUUCCAGCAGUAUUGACAGUCAACUUGAAAGCAAAUCGUCUCCGAUCUCUCGCGGGUAUCGAGAAGCUUCUGUCACUGGAACAACUGAACAUUCAGGAUAAUCAGCUCUCGGAUCCUAUGGAGAUGGCAAGGCUCACAUGCAUCCCUAACCUAAAGCGUAUCUGGGUCAAGCGGAACCCGUUCACCAAAACCCACUCUGAUUACCGGGUACUUAGUUUCAAUCUCUUCAGGAAGACGCCCGGUUACGUGGACGAUAUUGUGAUCGAUGAGACUGGCCCUGGCUAUUCUGAACGCAAGCAACUGGUGGAACGAGUCCCAGAGGUGGAGAGGCAGAUUGCACCGCCGUCAAUACGAAUUGCUGAAUCACCCCUGAUCUUUCAACCUUCUGAGCAGACACAGCUGAGUCCGAGCCAGCAAACGGAAGCCAUAAUUAAUACGACACGCCGCAAAAAGGUGCCUAGGAGGCGCAUUGUUGAUCUGGCAAAGGACGAGAACUUCGCGCGUGUGCCAGAUGAGGACAUUGCUGCUACCAUAAUCGAAGAAUCCCCUACUGUUGACCAGAGACCCCAAUCAGGUGCCCGAGAUUCGCCAGUACCAGCCUCAACGCAGGGAGACCCUAUAGAUGAAGAUCUGUACGAUGGAUCCACUCAAGCCGCGUCCCUCGGUUCCAGCCAUCAAGCAAACCAAGAGGAUGAUUACCGAGCCAAAGUCGAAGCUUUGCGACAGGAAUUCGGCAACAAUUGGCUGAGUGUUCUGGGAGACCAGAAUUGGCAUAAUAGCCAUCACCUGGAAGUGACUCAGGGACAAGCACUAGGGCAUCAUUCCCUACACCGUCCCGGCCAUCCAGUUAUUGUCAGCGGCGGCCGAACUCUGGGCUGAGUGUCGCAACCAGUGUCGGUCGUCUGCGUUUUCGCCCUUGCAUUUUGCGCUUUCUAGACCGGGAUGUUUUCUUUAUGAGCAACGGAGUUUUCACGACCGCAGUCUUAUACCCAUUCGUUUGUGAGGUUACUGCAAGACCAAGGAGGCAUUGCAAGGAUUUAUGGUCUGGGUAUGAUGUCUGCUUUUUAUGCGGCCCUGUUGCAAAGAUUUAUGUUUAAUGCAUAGCGACGGUGAUCUGAUUGACUUGGUUGUUUGAUCCCGCUUUGUUGCAUUGCUUGAUACAUCAGACAUGAAGCAUGAGGUAUGAAUUGAUGGGCGAGGGCGGAAGAAACUCCUUUCUUUAAUGAUAUAUUCUGGCGUACACCGGAGAAUAUAAACCCCUUCCUCUUA